AUGGCGCCUCCGAGCUCCACGAAAAUUACCGAGGACUUCCUGAAAAAGAAAACGGGAGCGUACGACCUGGAGGUGAUGCAAUGGCUGGAACUACCAAACAUGGUUGCGAUAUUUUCAGAGCCAAGCACCGUACUUCAUGUUCGCGCGUGGCUGCUUUUUCCAGGAAACCUGGAAUCCCUCACAAGCUUACAGUCGUUGGAUCUCAAGGACAACCAAAUAUCGAGCGUGGAUGAUGUCGGGAAUGUCAGUAAGCUCCCACACCUGAGGCGUUUCUUCCUUCAGGACUACAAAGGCCUUAAAAGCAACCCAGCGUGCCAGCAUCCUUCCUACCAUAGCGUGGUUACCCGUUUUCUGCCUCAACUGGACGUUCUGGACGGUGAAAGUCUCAACCUAAGAAAGUGCAUGGUGGACGUGAUCCUUGGCAAUGCAAAGCCAAACGAUGAAGCUCUAAAAUCUCCUGAGCGUCGACGGUGGUGCGAAGGAUUUGACUGGACACCCGACUUCGUGGACUCUGAUGUCGAGGAGGAUAUUCGCAGUGGAACGGAAGCACUUCAUGAAAAUGGUUGCUGCAAAAAAACUAAACCUGGAACGGCUACCUUUCAGAGAUGCAUGUUUGUUCCAGUACGGUCUCCUUCCGGACCAGUACACGCCCCAAAGGGACGAUCAGUCAGCCAGCCUCCACCCUUGCGACAAGAUCGACGCCAAGCUUCCGACGUCUCUUGUCCAAAUUACUGCGAAGAAACAGCUCGAGAACGGGUCAUCACCAAUGUCCGCGGUUUCGGCGUGGGAUGGAACGACAAAGAACGUCACGGCACCGUUGCUCUGGCGGAAUCGAGAGCCCCUGUUCUAAAUGACGACGCGGAAUCGCGAAAGACAGCGUGGCAGUCUAUUUAUGUAGUCUAGAUUCGAAGAAGAUCAAGAUCAAUAGGUUUUACUGUCGAGCCAAGAAAUUGUCAACUUCAACAGACUUGCUAUUUAGUCUAUCUAUCAUGACUUGCUAGUCUACAGGAACGGAUCCGUGUUGUUCGCCUGUGGUUUUCUCUUACGAUUCUGUA